CUGCUAAACUGCUGAAAUACAUGGAACUGCAUUUCAUUGGAGGGUUCCUAGGAAUCUCUUCGGACAGGAUUAAGGCUGCCCUCUGGCAGUCAGCCUAAGAACAGAAUGGUCCAGGUGUAUUCUCCCACAUUUGUCAGAGAUUACUCAGUGGUGAGACUGUGCUUCUUUCAUUGGUUAUUUCCUAAAUAAUGUAAAACUUUCUCCAAUUUCUUUUGUAAUAAUUUAAUACUUAAAAGAAAAACUGUAUUUGCAAUGUUCACAGGGGUAAAAUAAUUCCUACCAGUAUCUGUUGCAAUAAAUACCAGUCUUGCUUCUUGGAAGGCAUUUCUGUAUGAGAAGUACUUGAGCUGUCUCACAAAAAGGGCUCUUCAGCUUCACCGGGGAGGCUCUUUGGGAGGCAGGCAGGAGGAAUGGGGAAAGCUGGUGGUUUUAAACAACCAAAAAAAAAAAAAAAAAAAAGUACUUGAAUACUCGAAAAUGUUCUGCAGUUAAAACAAAUCCUGUGUAGCUGUAGCUGAUUUUUGUCUUCCUAAUAGCAACGGGGAGCUCUGUGGAUAAAGCCAUGUGGUGAUCCCUGCGCUACCAGGUGACACUGUGAAGUCUGCCCGUGUCCAAGGCAGACAUUGAGGGCGUUUUCAUUAAUCAGAUGUCUUUAAGCACAGACAUGGUUUUUGUUGCAGAAGCUAUGCAUCUUAUAUAGUCUGUACUAAUAAAAAGGUACCACUUUGUAGUCAUGAGGUCUGUCCUGUCCUUUCUGUUGAACAGAGCUUGAAUAAAUUAACGAAAUUUGCCAGAUGGAAAUAGCAUUCUCUUGCAGUGCACAAAUCUUGAGUUUUUGCGUGAAGAUGUACUCUGGUUUACCCCCGUCCUCCUUCCGUGAGGAUACGCCGCCUUCACCUCAUGGGCGGCUCCGGGGAGGCAGACGUGUUGGCGCAGCAAAUGGCGGCCGCUGUGCCCCGCCCGCCGGGCCGCGAGAGGUGGAGCCGUGCGCCAUGGCCGCCAGCCGCCUGCCGCCCAGCGCCCAAACCCUGCGGCAGUUCCUGAGGCGGCAGCAGGUGCUGCAGCUGUACAGGAGGAUCCUGCGGGCCCUAAGGGACGUCCCUGCUGAGGCAGACCGCCGCCAUCUGCAGGAGUGGGCGCGGGAGGAGUUCCGGAGGAAUAAAGAUGCUACAGAAGAGGAUGCAAUCCGGAUGAUGAUUACUCAAGGCCAUAUGCAGCUGCAGGAACUUCAGAGAGCACUGAAGUUGGCCAAGUCCUGAGUGUGGUUGUGCUGACAGCUGGACUUUCAUCUGCUGCAAAUAAGCACAGUAUUAUUUUUGUCCAGAAUGUGGUUAUAAUAACAGCCUUUGGUGAUGUCCUGAUAAUACUUGAAGGUAGAUCUACCACAGUGGGUUUGGAUUGUUGUUUUUUUUUUUUUCCCCUUGGCUUGGUUACUCUUCAAUGUGGAAAUCACUCAGACACAAAAGGCCUUAAAGAACUGAAUGGAUGAUGUAGCACAUCCUUUAGGAAAAGCAGAAAACCCCCAAAAUUACAACAGCAGUGUUUUGCCAGAGAGAUGGAAGAUAAAUAGAAGCCAGCUUAUUUUGUCUUUCUCCUGCCGUGGUACCUCUGUGUGGUAACAUCUGUGGUGGUAGCAGCCUUUUCUCUACAGUGCUAGGGGUUUCUUUUUCAUAAAUUAAGAGAGCAGAACUAUAUGGGAUAAAUAAAUGUGUCUAAACGAAACAUGGUAAAAUAAUGUUUCAUCAUAUGUCUUCUUUUUUCUAAUUCUUCCUUUGUCUGAAAGUAACUGUGGAAUCCUUUCUUAUGAGGUUUAUUUAAGCUGUAUUUGACAAAAGACGUGGUUCUGGCAAAUGGUGAGACUGUUGGGGGUUGUACAGUCAGAAGCCUUUCAACUUCUAAAUCAGUCAGUGAAAGAAAUGUAUUUCUAAGUAUUUUGCUAAAAAUUUGUAUUUUGUUAACACUUACUGGUAGAAUGGCAGGGCUGCCACCCACACACUGGAUCAGGCUGCCUAGGGCUCCAUUCAACUUGGUCUUCAACUCUUCCAGGGAUGGGGCAUCCACAGCUGCUAUUGGCAGCCUAUACUGUCCAUCACCCUCUGAAGGUGCCUCCAGAGAUUGGGCAGCCACAUUCUCAGUGCAAGCAUUAUAGUUUUGGUUCUCUACAGUUGAUAUUUAGUGGGAGAAAAAAAAAAAAAGUGAAAAUAAGCAUUUUCUUUGUGGUAUCCUGAACUCCAUGAACUGCAUUCCUGCAGUCCUUGUCAUUAACACGAUGGCUUUACUGAGACGAGACAUAGGGAGUCCAUUUUACUGCUGCUCUUCUAGACAGCUCUUUUGUGCUGUCCUACUCUCUGAAGUAACUCACAACACCACUGUUCCCAGGUAUAAACAGAAGUUUCAUUCAGAAAAACAAGUCCUUUUUUCUAGUUUAGUCUCUAAAAAGAGGGUUUUUUUUUCAAAUAGUACUAUAUGAAAGUCUGUGCUGGAACAGCCAAUAGUGCCCAACAGCCUUUGACAGCAUGUUCUUUUAAUACUGUGCUUCAGCAAAUAGACCAUGUGGAAAACAGAAAAGAGUAAAUGACAUGAUCAGUAUUGCUUGUUCUGUUACAAAAAAAGUCACAAGGACAUACCACAAUCUCACAGGUCAGCCUUAGACGUAUGGUUUCAAAUUAUUAAAGCAUCAGAGGUCAAGAUUCCAAAAUUAUGCUUUGACUGUGCUAGCACAAGGUUGUGGUUCUUUCACAAGGACAAUCCUUAGUGUCAUGUUCUUGUCCCAGCUGUUGGUAAAGUUACUGUUGGUGUUGUCCGGGUCCCUGAAGUUGCUUGAAGAAAACUGGAUGUCUCAGAAUUUCAGAGGCUGCAGUGCUGGUUGAGCUUGGAGCCCCGUGAAGUGGUGACAUCUGUGAUAAUGCAACUGCAGCACAUAUAAGGAUCCUUCUAGUUCCUUCUUUAGCAGGUUACUGUUGUCU